AUGAAUAUGUCGUCCACAUUUCAGAAACCUGGCGUCGACGUCGAAGAAUCGAACAAUACCAGGUCCCGACAGGAUAAGAACCGAACACCUGAAGAAUCAUCCAUCAGUUCUCGCAAACACACUGGCUCGGCUUUUCACAUCCUACUAUCAGAACGCAAUGAUCCCAUUCACUGGAAGACCAGCACGGCCGUUCUAUUGUUCAAGAAGGAUGGCCUCUACGCUAUCGGCAACUAUCGCCCAAUCUGCUUGCUGACUGCCGUCUACAAACUUUUCACUCGAGUCAUAGUAAACAAGAUUAACAGAACACUGGACGAAAGGCAGCCAUGUGAGCAAGCAGGUUUUCGAAAAGGAUUCAGUACGAUGGACCAUAUACAUACGAUAACAAAACUCAUUUAA